UACUUGACAAAACAAAACUUCCCCUUUAACUCAAGGUCUUUAAAGAAAGAGUAAAUUGGAAUUCAGAAAUUUCAAGGGAGGUGGUCGUUAGCCUAGAUGAUUUAGCAAAGAACCCAGCCCAAUUUCAAAAGCAUAAAGUCAGCACAAACCUUCAAUUAUUUUUCUUUCCACACGCCACCCAUACAUAGCACUAGUCCCACACCACUUUGUGUUUUUCACAAAACCUGGUUUGCCAAUAUUUUUUUAACCAUUUGAUCUUCCUGAACUCACUGCAGUGGAUAAUCUCAAAUUCAGUGGAAAAGGAAUACACAGUUCCAAUGCAAAACCACACAGAGCUCUGCAGCCCAAGCUGGAUUUACUUCUGAACGUGUGUUUUCUAAACCAGAACCCCAAACAACUGUGCAACCCAGCAUCUCUGACCACAUGUGCAGCUGAGGUUUUCAGAAAUUAAGGACUUGCUUAUUUUUGACUCACAUCAAUCUCAGAAAGAUCGUUUUGGAUAUGGACAGCAACCAGUGGCAAAAAAGAGACGUGUUCCUUCUCAUGGAAAAUCCGCUCUGAGAAACCAUUUAUUCAACUGCAGUUUUUUAGCUUUAGUCAGAGAAGCUCUGAGCCAUGCAUAAUUUCAUUCGUGCAUGAAUGGUAAUGUGUGGCAAACUGCCCUUCAGUUAGGCCAAAUUCUUUUUCUGGCAAAAAAAACACUGCUGGAAUACUGAGGGUUUUUGUUGGAACACUAGUCAUUAGUUGAAGAUUUUGAACUUAUUGAACCCUUUUGAAUUCAUUGGAAGCUCAGGACAACUCUUUGAUCAUGAAUUUGGGGAAACUGUCUGGGCUGAAGGGCCUGGUGUCGCAUUCCCCAGGGAAGCGGCGUUUUAAGGGUGAUCUGACUCCAGAUAUGAUCAGCCCACCGCUAGGUGACUUCCGCCACACCAUGCAUGUGGGUCGAGGAGGAGAUGUUUUUGGAGAUACGUCAUUCCUCAGCAACCAUGGCGGAGCAGGAAAUUCUGGUGAUGGAGACUCCAUUACAGCUUCAGAGAAGAGCGAGGGCUUUUUCUCUCGCACCUUGCGACAUGUCCGCAAGACUCCAGACAGGCCACGAGGGUGUUCUAAGGACCUGUCUCCUCCACCUCCACCCAUAUCCCCGAUCAUCAAGAAUGCAAUCUCCCUGCCUCGUCUGGAUGUGGACUCACCCAAUGGCUGCCCUGUGAAGGUGCUGUUUCCCAGCACACCCAAAUCUUCUGAGAACAACACCUACUCUUACUGUGUAGAGUCUGGUUUUGUCACGCUGCCCAGACUGUCGCGCUCAGAGCGGCCAGUGCAGACCGCUGCUCCUCCAUCCUGCUCUGCUGAAAUCCACCGCAGCUCCCUAACAGACAUGACACUCACUGUCCCCUGCACAGACUCUCUCAGUACCUCAGACUCCAUGACCUCCUUCACUGUUGACCUGGGCCCGUCUCUCAUGGUGGAGGUCUUUGGCAUGAUUGACAGCCCUACUGCACACACAGAAACCACUUAUGUCUCUGAAGUGGAGUGCAAGUCUGAGCCCUGGACCAAUGGUGAUGCUGAAAUAAACUCUGAUACCAGGACCUCUCUGGUGGAUUCCCUUCUAAGAGAGGAUUCGGAGGGCAGAACCCAUCUGUACGGUGUAGAGUGGGGAUGUAGGGAUGUCAUGAAUGGGAAAUCCCAGAAAACUGUACUGGGUGAUCUGGUGCCCUCCUACAACGCUGUGGAGCAUGGUAUGGAAGCUAGGAGGUUCCGUGAGGCUUCAGAUGUGCUGGCACGACAUUACGGCAGCGGAACACAGAGAAACAUGGACAUAAGCAUCGGCCAGAGAAGACGACACUACAAUUACCCCGAUGAGGAGGAGGAAAUCAAAGUCUAGCCUGAACGAUGAAAAAUCUUAAGCAUUUUAUGAAAUUUGUUAAGAGAUUUUAGUGGGAUUUUUAAUCAUGGUCCUUUUUUACAUCCUGUAUUUUUAAUUACCAUUCAUAAUGCACAUGAAUGACAUUUUACAGUGUAAAUGAAUAUUUCAGUAUUUUUAAACAUAAUCUUGAAGAAUCUAUAGUAUGGUCAGGAUUAACUAUGUAAGAAACAAUUGCUGUGCAGGAAUUUGUAUGCACUACAGUCACUAUAGUUCACAUAAGGUGUUGUUAAAAAUACCUCUAAAUACAAAGGGAAAAUCCAUGUUGGUAAGAGAGGAUGAUGGGAAGUCAGCAGGGAACAAGAUACCCAUCUUAUAUAAUGGCUACUUCCAUGAUAGUGCACCAUGUCAGAAAUCUCUGGUUGCAUGAACAUGACAGUAAGUUCUGUGUUCUUCUUAGUCAGAUCUCAGUUCAAUAGAGCACCUUUGAGUUGUGGUAGAAUGGGAGAUUUGUGGUGUGAAUGUAUAGCUGACAAAUCUGCAGCAAUUACAGUCAACAUGAACAAAAAUCUUCAGUGUUUCCAAGACCUUGGGAAAUUCAUGCUACAAAGAAGUAAGGCUGGUCAAAUAGCAAAGUUCAGUCCUAGUAUUCCUAAUGAGGUGGCUCAUAAUAUAUGUCUAAAAAUAAAGUAAGAAUAGGUAUACCUGACUGUACAGAAUUCAAACCUAAAGUUAAAAAGAGAAUUAUAAAUAAGAGCCAAUCUGUUUGCUCACCUCCUCUGAUCAUGAUAAAUUCCAUCCUAUUGUUCACUUCAACAAGCAGCUUUACUUUACAUUUAAAGUGAUAGCAACAGACCUGAACUUCAACCUGCACAAAUCAUUCAUUCAUUGUUUACCACCACUUUAUCCUGGUAGGGUCGUAGUGGGUCUGAUUUAUUAGGCAAAGGGUACACACACACACAACUAGCUCCAAUUAGCCUGACUGCAUGUCUUUGUACUUUGGAAGGAAACCGGAACUUCUAGAGGAAACCCACACAGACAGACACGUGGAGAACAUGCAAACUCCACACGAAAAGGACCCUGGUUGCCAGGCUCUUCUUGCUGUGACUGCUCCAUCGCAAAACAUGUCAUGACAAAUUUGAAUUAGAUGUUUUCCAAAUACCCUUUGAACUUUUUUUUCAAAACACUAGGUGGCAGAGUAGUGAUAAUUAUUAAAAGCUAUUGUGGCUUUCAGACUUUUGAUCCAAAAUGGCUGUCAGUGACAGAGAUGCAGCAGUUUGAGUCUUGCAGUCAUUGUAUAUAAGAAGUCUUAACCUAGUGAGGAAAUGUUUUUGUGUCAGACUCUGCUAAUCAAGUUCAUAUAAUUUUGCAAGCACUUUAUAGGUAAUAACAUCAAGAUUCUUUAGUAAAAAAUAUAUGUACAUUUAAGUGAAAGGGAAUUAUGCAUGGUGAAUAAUUAACCAGGUUUUACAUUAUUCACUGAGUACAGGAACAUUACUGGCUAUGAUUUCAUAUUUGUCAUCCAAGAAAUGUGAUACAGAGUGACUGAGGAGGACGAUAGCUUGGAUGUUAAAAAUAAUGUGGAUUGACUGUUGGGGAAUGUUAUGGAUACUGAAGCCUGUUUUGGUUUGAAUGAAGAUCUGAAGUACACUAUACAGUCAAAAGUAUGUGGACACCCUCAAGUUAUUAAGUUGAUGUGAAUGACAAUCAAUGAGCUAAUAUAAAGUAUGUGCUAAGAACUUUAUAGCAACAGCUUGGAAAAUGCCCUUUCACUUUCAGCAUGACUGUGUCCCUGUGCACAAAGUGAGGUUUAUAAAGACAUGUAUUUUUAACUUUGGUGAGAAGAAACUCCAGUGGCCUGUACAUUGUCCUUACCUUAAUCCCACAGAAACUCUUUUGGAUGAAUUGGAAUUUUGAUUAUGAGCUGGAACUUCUAGCUAACACCAGUGCCUGAGCUCUCAUAUUAAUGUUCAUGGUUUUCAAAUGGCUUUUGAUCAGGUGUCCACUUAUUUUUCACUAUAUAUGUUAAGCAGCAACUGACAAAGACACUUAAUGAACAAAGUAACCUUAUUACUAUUUUUUCCCAUUUAUAUAUAAAGAUUAAAUAUGAAGAUCAUACAAAGAGAAAGUUCCACAGAGCACUGAUCCAGGUAUGGGUGACUUCUUUCUCAGAGACUAUAUGUAAAAAGAUCUCACUGCUAGUGCAGAAAACAUCUACAACAGCUACAGUAUGAGUAAUAACCUAUAUAGGUUAUUACAUUGAUAACCAUGAGUUUUUUUUAUAAGGAGAAUUAUAAGUGCUUAUAAAAAUGCCUAUUAAGAGCUUAUGAAAAAAAUAAAGUAUUCCUGAUUGGUACAGUAUUGUUAUAUAAAUAUCUGACUCAAUGCAAUGUUAUUGGCAUGUUCUAGGGGUAUAUUUCUCAUAACCCUUAAUUAAUGGUUUCUUUUGUAACAGUCUGUAACAUUUUAUUUGGAAAAAACAGCAGUUUUUAUUCAUCAUUUACAUUUUACUCUGAUGCUGUGAUGUCAGUAGAUACUCUCAGUUAAAUGUUUCUCAAUAAUCCAGAAUGUUCAGUUCCUCAUUGUACUUAAUAAGCAAUAAAUAGUUGUAAACUAUGAACUAAAUAAAAUAUGAAUUUGACAGCUUUAUCACACACCAAUACUGUAGGUCAAGAAAGCAAAUAUAACAUUUGUAUGAAGUACAUUUUUAUAUUAUGACAGAGAAGUUGACUUCUCAUUGUAUGUAAUGCAGUGUAUAUUUGUAUAUACAUAUACGAUUGUGUUCCUUUACACAGGAAAUAUACACAUUGCCAAUGUACUCCUGUAAACAUUACCAAUUAUAUAUUCAAUAAAAAAGAAGAACAAAGACUACAAAUAAAAGCUCAUUUACAUGUGAUGUUUUUUCUCCCCCACUGUUGUAUUACAAAUUUUUAAAAAAAGUCUGAGCUUACUGGUGUUA